UUAAACCUGAUUUGUGGGUGAGAGAGGAAUCGCAGGAGGACGGGUGGGGGAUGUUGCCUGACAUUCAAAGAGAAAGAAAGACGUACACAUGCCGUGAGGCACGCAGAUGAAGAUACGGUGAGAUAGAGGAAGAACCGAGAUAGCACGAAGAUUCAUCCACACACAGAGACUGUGAGACAGACAGGCAGACAGGGUUAAGCUGUGGAAGAGGCAUAUGUUAGACAGAUGAGGGAGAUGAGGGCCAAGGUGAGGGGGAAUCUCCCGAUUUUCGCCCCGCCCUCUUGCCCCUCUCCUUCCGACUCCGCCCCGCUGACUCACCGCCGACGACAGAGACUCGCCCCUUGUGCCCCGCCUCCAGUGACUCAUGCAGACGUCACGUCCAUGCGGCUAUAAUAACCCGGAGAGGGAGCGCUUGGCAGCGGCUGAGAACUGCAGGCGGUUUGAGUAGCGCUAUGGCCAGUCUGAAGAAUCUGUGCGAGCUUGUAUCCGAGUUGAAUUUCUUGGAUCCCGAAGACUUCGCCGCCUGGAAGCCGGGUCCCGAGCCCCGGACAGUCGCACCUCCUGCCGGUUUCCGCCGCCACUCCACCAGCCACUUGCCAACCAGCAACUCCCGGACUCGACUUAGCGAUACAUACAGUCCGCUGCAGCCGCGACACACGGACCUCGCUGCCGGCUUGCCCAUGAAACCGUGGCCGGCUCUGGGCUGCUGCACCGGAGACGGGGAGUGGCCGGAGGAGCUGAGGGCCGCGCAGCAGCAGCCGCCACCUUCGCCCCGCUACAAGACGGAGCUGUGCCGGCCCUUUCAGGAGAACAGCUUCUGCCGCUACGGGGAUAAGUGCCAAUUCGCGCACGGCCUGGCCGAGCUGCGGACCCUCAGUCGCCACCCCAAGUACAAGACGGAGCCGUGCCGCACCUACCACAGCACCGGCUUCUGCCCGUAUGGUAGCCGUUGUCACUUCAUCCACAACCCCGAGGAGGAGCGCGGCCCCCGGCCUCGCUUGCGCCAGAGCGCCAGCUUCUCGGGCUUGGGCUCAGCCUGGGGGGGCCUGGGGCCCUCGGCCGCCGUCCCCGGCGAGAUCGACUGGGCGUUGCUGCGGGCAGCCUUCAGCCCCGAACUGGAAGUGGAGUUGGCCCGGACGCUGGGCCUGAACUGCUGCUCUUGCCGUCACCGCUGUCGCCAGCCAGGCCCGUCGGCCGGUAGGAGCCCCUCGUCUGACUCUCUCUCCGACCAGGAGGAUUCGGGCAGCAGCGGCUCGGAGUCGCCCGUCUUCGAGCAGACCCGGCGGCUGCCCAUUUUCAGCAGGAUCUCGGUUUCCGACUGAGGCCUGGUGGCCUGAGGUGCGGCACCCUACUCCCUCCCCGGGUGUGGGGAAAAGGUGUCUGGAUGUCACGCCACGUUUCCUACUAGUAGGUGUGUGACGGGAUUACCUUCCGAGGAUGUUGACUGAGCCCCAUCCUUUCCCUGGGGGUACCCAGGCAUCACCUGCACCGCCCCUGUGUGAGCCCUAGGGUUGUGACUGGGUGGACAAGAUCUCACUACCCUAGUUGCGACUGGGGUGCUUUCCCAGUAGCCCCCUCCCUCUCUUUAACCAUGGACGCUAGACCUUAAUCGGGAAGCGUCCAUGGACGGUGGGGCCAGUGGCCCCGAUGUAGCAGAACUACUACCACAUGCUUCCUAGGGGGAAGCGUCCUGAGCUUGUGGUAGUUCAACCUGGUAAUCGGGUACCCUAUAGUACAAUGCAUUAACCUUGUACCAAGUGUUUUCAACCUUUUUCUAAGCUGCCUAAUGUACAAUAUAGAUUAUAUUUAAAUUAUUUAUUGAAGAUUUUGGAAUGUUGUAUAUUUAAUAAUAUAGUACUAUAUUUUUAGAUAAUUUAUCCUUUAUAAAGAAACGUGUUCUGAAUAUAUCAAUUAUAAUGGUUCCAGUGCCUUAUAACUGAUUUCAAAAUAAAACAGAAAUUUUGCUUCUCCCA